GUGAGUGUGUGUGUGUGUGUGUGUGUCUGUGUAUAUCUGUCUUUCUCCUCCCCUUUUCCACAGAGACGGGUUUUUUUAAAUUGAUUUACAGAAGCAAUUAAAGUCAGAAGAAUUCAUUACUAACCCUGUACUUCCCCCCACCCCUACGACAUUGCUCAUGCAAGAAAUGAGUGUAAUUUGGGAAAAUGCCGUAGCCAGCGGAUAUGAGCUGUACAGUUACUGGAUUUUUUUUCCACCUUUAAAUUGUUCAUUUUUAAUUCAUGAAGGAAUCCAUAAUAUUUCACAAAUGAAUCUUAUUCUCUCCCCCCCCCCACCCCAUAUCCACCCCAGCAGUCGCUUUUAGGGGCACCGCUAGAACACCCAGGGGUGACCAUGGAAAAGACCUCAGCGACUCAGGGCUAAGACUUGAGCGGCGGCUAGGGCUGAGGGCUGGAUGCUCCAGCUCGGGACAGCUUUUUCACCUCGUCUCUUCGUCCCUCUCUCCCCGUGCCGUGCUCACCCUCAGCCUCUGGCACCUCCUUCUCUGUCUGUCUCCUGUUGUGCCGGCAUUAUUGCAGGUCUGGUCCCUGUACUUCCAGGAACAACUGUUUGCUUUUCCCAUGUCUCCGUUUUCUUGUUUGUGUUUAUGGUCAUUCGCUUCCUGAUUUGUCUCUUUCUUCUAUCUCCUGCUCUCUCUCCUCUGCUAGCUCCUUCUUUCCUUUUUCUCUCUGAUCUCCUCCCCGAGCACCGCCCCCCCACUCCCCUUUCUCCAGCUGGAUCGCCCUAAUCUGUUUCUAGUCUACUGUCUCCUCUGGCUGGGGAUACUCCUAUCGCCACCCACCAGGCGAUCUCCACACCUCUUCCCUCAGCCCCUGCUUCUCCGGGAGUAUCUUGCCACCUGGUUUUAUCUCAGGGCAACACUGGGAAAGGGACUUCCCCCCUCUAUUUCUGCAGUGGCCCUUCAACGCGGGGUGUGUGUGUGUUGCAUGUACGCGCGCGCCAGCAUCCAGACUUCGGUCCAGAUGCGAGUGUCCGCCUGGCCCCAGCCUUCCACCUUAGCUCCUCCCGUGGUGUUGUGUACGUGUGUGUGUGCGCACGAGUGUGUGCCUGUGUGUCUAUGAGUGUGUGCCUGCGUCCGCAGCUGAAGAGUCAGACUCGAGGUGUUUAGCUCGUUCCCUCCCAUCCACGUGGCUCCGGGAGUGCUAUAUUAGGUUCGCAGGAAGCCAGCCCAGGGAGAAAGCCGAGCCGGGGGGUCGGGGGGCGGAGGAGCGAAGCCCGUCGGACGCUGAGGCGGGCGGAGGGGAAGGAGGAGAAGGAGGAGGAGGAGGAAGAGGAGGUCUCAGCGUUUCUCUUACACUCGAGUGGCGAGCUCUCACUCGGUCUCUCUCUCUCUCUCACUCUUCUCCCCCGUAAGGUUCACCACUAGCCGGAGGGAGCCGACUCCUCCCCUCCUCGCUCCUCCCCCCUUUUCCACCCCCCACCCCCCCAUAACCACGAAAACCUCCUCCCCUCUCCCGCUUACAGCCCAGGGAAGGUGUUCCGGAGACCGCUCCCACCCCUUGCCCCAGCCCCGCCCUCGCCCCCGCCCCUAGGCUCCCCAGGCUCCUGCUAGCUCCUGCUCCCCCACUAUGCCUGACAGUUUCGACACUUGGCAAAGACAAAGAGCGAGAGACCACGGGGAGGAGAAAGAGGAGGAAGAGAUGGAAGGGGUUAUGUGAAAUUCGAGUGCCCGGGACUUCACUCUCCUCUCUCCGGCUCAAAGCCUCCCCAACCCCUGCCCCGACAUCCACACACCCAUUCACCCAUCCACCGGACCAGUCCACGAAACUCUCCACGCCUCCGACCACGAGGGAAUAUCGUGCCAAGUGUGGAGUCAUGAGAUCAGAGUUUGAAUUCUCUCUCUGUUUACUUCCUUGUGGUCUUAAAUGACAGCCAGUUCCCUGUGAUUCAAGCAAGUGCUGGCCCCUUCUCUCCCUCCUUUGACUGGCACCCAGGAUUCAAUCCCAGGGAAGACAAACUUUUUGGAGGGAUGAGGAAAAGAAUCUUUCAUCUUGCAGCGAGGUCCCUUCAUUGAUAUUCUCCCCCUCAAGGCUAGUCAGACUCUGACACGGAUAUUAAUUGCCUCUCAAUCUGUUUGAACAGGGAAAGGAAAUCACUGUUAUUUGUUUUGAUUAAAGCCUUGAAAAGAGAAAUCAGUCCUUGUUUAGGAGAACUGAAGAAACAGAACCAGUAUUAUUUUAUUUUAAACACUAAAUGAUAAGAUAAAUAGAACAGUGACUCCCCACAUGAUACACUUACUGUUCCUGGAAGAUUACAGAAGUUCUAGGGGACAAUGGAACACUUCUUCUCAAAAAGAUGAAUUUGGUGUGAGCCUUACCCCUCCACUAAGGAUAUAUAUCCUCUCCCUUCCUUUAACCAAAUAAGGCCUCACCCCAAUUUCUCAGUCCCUGAGAAAUCUCUUAACCCGUUCCUGCCUGCUAAGACUCCCACUGGGGAAAAAAGAUGGUGGCGAUCAGGAAGAAAGGCCUGAAAGUGUUUACCUUCGUUGUCCUCCUGGUUUUUCUCACAUCCUUCUUCCUGAACUAUGCUCACACCACAACUGCCUACACCUGGUUCCCCAAGCAGAUGGUGAUGCAUUUCUCAGAGCAUUUCAAAAGAUUCAUGAAGUACCCCGAAAGGCCUUGUAGUUGCAGCCAGUGCAUCUCAGAGACUGGGUUUGUGCCUUGGUUCGAUGAGAGAUUUAAUCAUACGAUGCAGCCGUUGCUGAAUGCCCAGAAUGCUUUCUUGGAGAAUGACACCUAUCAUUGGUGGAUGAGACUCCAGAGGGAGAGGCUGCCCAGGAGACUAAAUGACACCUUCAAGGAGCUCUUCCGCAUUGUUCCCAGCGACACCGACCCACUUCUAGAGAAAGGGCCUCUGAUCUGCAGGCGUUGCGCUGUCGUGGGCAACUCGGGAAAUCUGAAGCAGUCCCAGUAUGGGAGAGACAUUGACAGCCAUGACUUUGUGCUGCGGAUGAACCGGGCCCCCACAGCAGGGUUCGAAGCUGAUGUUGGGAGGAAGACCACUCACCAUUUGGUGUACCCCGAGAGCUUCCGAGAACUGGCAGAAAACGUCAGCAUGAUCCUGAUUCCCUUUAAGAUCAUGGACUUGCAGUGGGUGAUCAGUGCCCUGACCAAAGGCACCAUCAACUUCACAUAUGUCCCUGUACCCCGAAAAAUACAAGUGAAGAGAGAAAAGAUCCUGAUCUACCAUCCAGCAUUCAUCAAAUAUGUCUUUGACAGCUGGCUCCAGGGCCACGGAAGGUACCCAUCCACUGGAAUUCUCUCUGUGAUUCUUUCCCUACACAUAUGUGAUGAGGUGGAUCUCUAUGGUUUUGGAGCAGACAGUAAAGGCAACUGGCAUCACUACUGGGAGAAUAACCCUUCUGCUGGGGCUUUCCGAAAAACAGGCGUUCACGAUGGUGACUUUGAAUCCAACGUAACCUCCAUUCUCGCAUCCUUUGACAAAAUACGAAUCUUCAAGGGGAGAUGACCCCAGGACAGGCCAGAAACUGCGGUGGAUCACUCUCUGUAAUUUCAGCCCCUGGCUCCUUCUUCGGGGUCUGUGAACCGGAAGAAUGUGAUGGGCAUCUGGGGUUGUGAAUGGCAGCUAGCGCAACAGGCUGGAGCUGGGUCACACUUUCUUUGAUUUCCUUUGAGACUACAAGACAAUCCUUGAGAAUCAUCAGUAAUGGAUGAAGAAUCUCAGUGCUUGGGAUAGGGUGGGAGGGAACUGGGGAGAAGUGGGCAGAGGCCAGACGGGAGUCAAAUGGUUUAACAAGAAUGCAGCGGCUGCUUCUGGCCAGAAAUACAGGCCUUGUUUUGAGACAUUUUACCAGACAUUGCAUUCCCACUUCCCUGAAACAGAACAAGGAUUUUUCAGUGAAGGUGGGAAAAGACUUUUUAGGAAGAUUCCAGAAUCAAGGGGGAAAAAAUACAACAAUUAUUAUUAUCAUAAUUUCUUAAAAUUUUAAUGAUUACCUCAUUGGUCUGCUUCAGCAUUCAUGGGAAAAGAAAAAGGCUGGUUUCUUCUAAGUAUACCCCCCCCUGCCAGGCCUGGUGUCUGGCUUCUUGCUCAUUAAGAUCAAAAGGUCUUUGCUGUCCACUGGUACACUGGCCCUCACAGGGGGAAAAAGGGACCUCUGGUCUCAAAGCUUUUAGCAAAACAAUUAUCAGAUGCUUCUUAACAGCAGGAGAGGAAAGAAUGGGAAGAUAUAUGUCUCUGGUGUAGACCUGGUUGCUCUUCUACCGUGUUCUCACCAUUUGUUUUUUAAAAGCAAUUAUUGAAAGGAAGUUGGUUUAAAAGCAAAUGUUGUUGUGGGAAAAUAGAUGUUGGUUGAAAUCCUCAAUUUGGAGCAGACUGGACAUUUAAUUAUUCCAAGUGCCUUUCUAUUCUAGAAAGCAACUUACAUUGCUUUGCUAAAAUGCGGCAAGAGCCCCAUAUCAAACUCUGUGAAAAGAGAGGAUUCAGACCAUGGAAACAUGACCCCCAUUAUUUCAGUAGUUACCCUGUAUCCUUGAAACUAAAAGCAUCCAUACUUUGCUAGGGGAGGAAAAGGGUGAUGAGGAGAACUAUCAAGAAACUAAAUGACCUAGGGAUACUCUAAAGCCAGUUCCCAAAUUAGAGCAAAAUUAGUCCUACAAUUACAAAAUGUAUUGACCAUUUUAAGUAUAUUAAAAAAAAAAAAACUAUCUGGCAUGGGGUACACAUGCCUUUUGAGGGAGUAUAUAGUACUUUAAGACAGUCCAGGUCUUUGAAAUACAAACACAAGAGUUGUUUGAAUGGUGACAGGGUCUGUGCCUCCAGAAGAGAGGUGAUUGAUAAUGUGGGAGACAUUAUGCUUAUCCUUCAUCUCUGUUGUCCAUUUCUUCCUUCCUUUCUUGCCCAUUUAUGUUCUUUCGCAAUUAUUUAUUGAUUCUUAGAAAAAUCAACUGAUGUUCAUUUUUCUCCAGUGCCAUCUUGGGCUUUUUAAUCAUUCUCACUUCAGCUUUGCCAAGGUGCUCAGGCUUCUGGCAACUUCAAAAACUGCUUGUUUGAUUUGCAGACUUGGUGCUUUGGGGCAUUUGUGGUUUGGAAGGACUCCUCCUGAGAAAUCGCCUGCUGAGUUGUUUGGUGCUUUCCCUUUAAUUUGGGCAAAGCUCUUUAGUCUGCAUGGCAGCGUUCCUCUUGGUUGAUUAGGGCUUUGUUUCAGAUCGGGCAUAGGAAUACGUGUUAUAUUACGGCUCGAUACCCUAGAGUUACCCAUGAUCUUAACCUUAAAGAUUCCAUUCCUACAAUCCCAACUGUAAAACCUCAUGCUUUGCAUCCAUUGAGUGUGAUUUCAAGUUGCCCACAAUCAGAUGGGAGAGACAAGAUGGUCUGCCCUUGGUCCUGCUAGAAAGUUUGCUAGAAAUUGGUCCAGACAAGUCAGAGGUUCCAUUAGGUAAGGAGUUUAAGUAAUUGAACCUUUAUUUCAAUUAAUAACAUUUGGAGUUUGGAAAAAACAGAUUCACGUGUUAGGAACUUAAAGGGCUUUUUAAAAGGGGAGAGGAAGGAUUUUGACAUUCAAGAAAUGUCGAAUUUGGGGAUUUGGAUUUGAGAUCAGAAGAUCUGUGUUCGAAUCCUGUCUGACUUUAAUUGAGUCACCUAAUCUCUGGCCUUCACUUUCCUUCCCCAUAAAAUGAGAUGGUUAGACUAGAUUAUCUCAGAGAUGCAUUCCAACACUAUGAUGACUUUAUUUAUCCCAUUGUGCCAAUUUUAAUCAUGAAUGGCGUUACUUAGAGGAAAGAAUAGAACAUUUGAAAUGCACUGAACUUGAUAAUUUUUCUUCCUUUGACAAAAAUUGGAUACCUUCUCCUUCCAAAAGGUAACUGUUUACUCCCAGGGCCUUGGAUCUUCUGGUUUGAGCAUGAAGAAAAAAAGGAAACUUGUCCCACCCACCCAGCAUUUAUUAAGUGCCUAUUGUGAGCCAGGCACUGUGCUAAGUGCUGGAAGUGCAAAGAAAGGCAAGAAACAGUCUCUGUUGCUAACCUGAAACCAUCCCUGCUGCUCAAACUGGAGGCUGUAUUGUAGCAUUUGAAUUAAGACUGAUGGGUGUAGACUGAUGCUGGGCGGGCAACUCUCUCUCUUGAUUCUCAGCCCAGCCCAGGAAGCACCUGGACCAGCAUGAACUGAACAUCUGGCUGCGCACUGUUCUCCCCUCACACAGUUGCUUAAGCACUUCUGGACAGGAUUCACUCUCAAAGCCAAAGUUUCUUAAGCACUUUUUAUUAAAAAAAAAAAAAAAGUCUUUGCUGCACCCCUCGUUUUGUUUCAACUGUCUUAAUCUUUAUUUGCUUUCUUGCUAUGCAUUAGCAGUUGAUAAACAUUUUGAAUGAAGAGAAAGGAGUCUGAGAAGCUCAGAUCUCGGCAAUAUUUUAUUUAUUGUUAAACGUUUUCAAUGAUUCAAUCAGAAUACAUAAUAAAGAACUAUUUUAUUGCCUUUUAA